UUUCAGAAAAUUCUAAAAAGCUUAUGUUUGAACACCUGAACUUAUUUAUUUCUUUUAAUACAUUUUAUAUGUAACCGAAUUCUCUUUAAACAUUCUUGUUUAUAAAAAUAUGUGUUGAUAAAUUUUGGUUGGUAGUUUCGAGUUCAAAAUAAGUUUCAAGUUGAGUUCAAAAUUUUUAAUAAAUUUUAAUUAAACAAUAUCGAAGUUUCUAUGAAGAGUUAUAAGAUGUAAUUGGUAUGUUGGUGAUUGAACCUGAAAUCUUAUAGAAACAAAUAUAGUUGCUACCCACAAAAAUACUAUCUUCAAUUGAAGAAUGGAGGAAAUUCAUACCCAAAAAGAAAUCAUUUUCAUAUGGAGUGUAAAGAAUUUCACCUUUUGCUCUCAAGAAAGUUGCCAGUAUCUACCUAGUCCUAUUUUAUUUACUAAGAAUUUUUUCAACAUAAGUUGGCGAUUAUUUCUAUACCCCAAAGGAUCAGCUGAUAGCAAAUCGGAUCACGUUGCAUGCGAUUUAUCCCUAUCUUGGCCAGACAUAGCAUCUGAUUGUUUACCUAUAAGAGUUGAACUUGGCAUCGUUGACGCAAAUGGCUUGAAUAAAAAAUGUUUCGCUACCGAAACUAACCAAAUUUGGCGAGAGAGUAUGUUUCGACAUUCAAAUUUUAUUAGCAGAAAAGAACUUUUCCACGAACGUGAUAAUUAUUUACCUAAUAACACUCUGACAAUUUAUUGUCAUGCCUGGAGACAUGCUAACUCAGCUUCUCUUGUUCGGAGAUAUAUCGCUCGAACAAUAAUUGAAAUUGAUCGAUGCUUUUUUCGAUUUGAUUUACGUAAUUUUAUUCUGUGGAAAACAGACCACACUUUGCAUAUACCUGUACCAUUACAAUCAAAAUUCGAAAUCGUAAUCAAGUUGAAGAAGAUGGCAGAUAAAAAUGAGUAUAUCACAAUUGAGAUUAAUCAGUUACAAUCGGAAAAAAAUUCUCGUUUUUUAGAUUGCACUUUAUCUAUACGGAGCAAAGAUGGAAUUGCACGAGAAGUCUGUACGUUCGAACAUUUGUUUAAAUCAAAUGCAAGGUCGUCAUUUACUCAAUUUAUCUCAAAAGCUAAAGUCAUUAGAGAUAAACAAUUCCUCCUCGCAGAUGAAACUUUGACCUUACAGUGUGAAUUUGCAAUUUCUUCUGGGCAGCCAUUAAAUCUUCCUAUAUAUGUUUGUGAAGUAUCACGAAAAGUUACUGUGAAUCCAAUACUUAUCGAUACUCUAAAAGACGAUCUGAAGCGUAUGUUGACAGAAAAGAAAUUUCCAGAUGUGGUGUUAAAAGCUGGUGGUGAGUCGUUCGAUGCCCAUAAGGCCAUGCUGUCUGUAAGAUCUCCUGUCUUUCAAGCAAUGUUUGAACAAGAUAUGAUUGAAAAUCUAAACGGAACUGUUGAUAUAUCUGACUUAGAUGCGAAUACGUUACAUAAUUUAUUGCUUUAUAUGUAUUCAGGCACUUUAGAAGACUUUGACGUCAAAAAUAUCUCUAAAUUACUUGUUGCAGCUGACAAAUAUCAAGUUCUUGGGUUGCGAGAGAAGUGUGUUUUGACUUUGAAGUCAAACUUAUCAGUCCAAACUGUUUGUCAAGUCCUUGCAUUGGCAGAAUUUCAAGAAGACAGAGACUUGAAAAUGGCCGCUCUGGAUUUUAUUUUUACAAACAGACGUGAAGUUCUUCAGUCCACUGAAUGGAUUUGUUUUAUUGAAAAUAACCGAAAACUGUCUUCGGAAGUCUUGCAGAAAUUAUCAGUGCAGAUUUGAAUGAUUUUUGUAGCAAUAUUAUAAAAAAUGAUUAAAUUUAUUGUAAAGCAAU